CCUCUUCCAGAGCAUGACACACUUACUGGGCUGCAGAGCCGACGAGCCACGGGACAGAGACACGACGAGGAUGAUGAUGAUGAUGAUGAAGAUGAUGAUGAGGAGGAAGAUGCGGGAGAGGAGAGCAGAGAGCUAAUGAUGAUGAUGAUGAUGAUGUCGACAGCAGGAUGUUUAUAGAGGAAGAAGAGACAUAAUAAAUAAGAGCAGUGCGGUGUUGGCGGAUGGUGACAGUGAUGAUGAUGAUGAUGAUGAUGAUGAUGAUGAUGGAGGUGUUGUGAGGACCGAUCGAAGGAGGAAGAUGCUGCUGCUGCUCGGACGGUCGGAGCUCUUCUCUGCUGCUCAGUGUUCAUCAUCAUCCAGCCGUUACAUAUAUAGCAGCGCUGUGUGGUCGAGACCAGUUGAAGUUGGCUUCCUGCCUGUUGAGAUGUGCCAAUAGGAAACACUGUGAACAGGGGUUCAUGCUGAUGAAAUUGAUCUGCUCAGUGAGCUCCAACCAGAGCCAUGGGGAGUACCCAGACUGCCGCAGUGAGAGGGAGUCGGGAGGGGAGGCGCCUCUCCUGGUGUCUCCGCUGGUGGUGGCGGGGAUCGUUAUAGGUCUGGUCCUCUUCCUCUCCUGCAUCACCAUCAUCGUCGGCAGCCUGCGCAAAGACAGUCGACUCCGAAACCCGCACCUCCGAGCGAGCUACGGCCUGGACGGGUUCUCCUACGGAGGCUCAGUAGGAGAACUUAGAUCUACCUGCUUAGAAGACUUUCCUCCUGGUCUCGACUUUGAUUCAUACAGAGAGACUCUGUCACAGGUCAACAGCCUGUACCCCGACUCACCGCCACGUUACGAUGAGUGUGUUGGCCCCGGUUCGGCUCAGAUCUACAUCCCUACAGACGACCCGCCUCCUUACUCCCUGUUGGACCCCUGUCAGAGAGGGUCCGAGCAGGAGGAGGAGCAGCCCGGCUACACCGGUCUGGAUCCAUCUCCGUACUGCGAUGGAGGAGAGACCUCGGCCACCAGCGCCGCCUGGCUCUCCCCCUCCCGCUACCCGCUGGGACUGCCGGACCAUCAACACAUCGCGUCCAUCUCCUUCCCGCUGGAGGCGGCGCCGCCUUACGAGUCGGUGUUGGCCGAGCAAGGAGGACGGCCGCUCCCUCUCAUGCCAUGUGACCUUUAUAAACACCAAUCAGAGACGGGGGACGAGGGCAACUCGCGGCCGCCGGGGGCCAACCAGAUCUUGUAGGACAAUUAAUUUGUGUCUUUCACCUGCGCUGUCGGUUGUCCCCGGUUGAAUUAAACAAAACACUUGAUGUGAUGUGUGGGGGGCACAAAGUGGCUGUCAGGAGCAGCUGUGACACCAAACAGUGGAACACUAAUGAGAUGUGCACAUCUUCCACACAAGGAUGAAAAUUAGCUGAUGUCUCAGCGGACUGAAAAUGAAGCCGGGACUCCAGUUUUCAACAAUUUAACUACAGUUUGUUUCCGGACAAAAUAAACUGAUUGUACUUUGUAAAGUUUCUGUAACGACGGCUUCUCUCAUGAAAAGGUUUGUGUCGUCCCGGUGAUGCUCCCUCGGACAAAGACUCUCCUCCAUCCAGUAAUAACACCAUUGUCUCGUUCAGUUUUUGCCAUGUUCUGACUGUUAAUCUCUUUCUUGAAUGAUCAUGAAGAGUCUAUAUGGAGUUUAGGCUGCGACAAAAUGCUAACAUCUAUCACACUGUAGACGACGGCAAGCUGACUUUAGCAGAAAGACCUGAGUGUAAACAAUAUCAAUGUGGUAUUUAGUAGUUUAAGGUACACUAAGCACACAGAGUACUUCCUCCACUCCCAUUUCUUUUGCUAUGAUCUUCACCUGUCCGUCUCUUUAAAUGAUGCUUUGGAUGAGAGUAGAAGUACCACUAGUGUUGUAAACAACAUCUUCCACUACCAGAACACCACGUCUUAUCUCCAGUCUCUGUAGUACGUAAACGUUUAGCUUCCAGUGUGGUGGUAGUAUCCUCGUGGUUAGAAGAAUGGCUUUGUGAUGACCAUAAAAUUAAAACUAGUUAGGAAACUAGCUGAAGAGGAAGAGUGAGAUGUUAUGGAAGUCAUUGUUAAAUAUUUGUCAUCACCAGAGAGGGAACUUGUCCAAUGUUGUACAGAUUGUCACAACUCUUCCUUUCAAGGGCUCUGGUUUUUAAUAUAUAUAUUAAUGAAUUAAUAUUCUGUAUGAUAUGGACCCCCAGCAGCGAUAUGUAGCUCGGAGCCCUCCUCCUCCUCCUCCUCCUCCUCCUCCUCUUCUUCCUCCUUACGAGGUCGGGUUGAUGCAACACAGACGUUACACAUUAAACUGUAGAACUUAACACGCUGUUUACUGGACAGACGGAUGCUUCUGCCUUCGUCUUCUCGUGAAAGAAUGAACUUGAACCAUCAUGGAGGUUUUUCCUUAUUGCACUAAAGGUGUAGCUUUACACACAUCUGCUUAUUAAAUUACAUAAUUCAUCAGAUUGCUAAUUAAGGAAAACUGAUCUGUUACUUGUGGCCACAACUCGCUUGACCGGAUUCAGUUUGUUAAUGUGUUAACAGCAUGACAGGAAUAAUAAAUAAUGAAUAUUAUUAUUUUCAAUAUUGAUUAAUCGUCCACUUCCUGUUGAGCCGUCCUCGACCAAAGAAAUUCUUAGUCGAUUAGUUGAUUUAAUAAAACUGUUUUUCUCCAAGAAUCACACAACAGCACCACUUUAAAUCUGGUGUUUAGCAGACAUGAGUUCAUAAGUUUCUUAGGAAAUAAGUUAUUCAGCAUGAAAAAAGCAUAAAAUAAUGACUAAUCGACUAAAGCAAUCUUAGUCGACUAAGUCCAAAACGACUGAUUAGUCGACUAAGACGGGGCGGCCCUACUUCCAGUUAUUAAUAGAGUAAUUGCUUGGUCUAUUAAAAUGUCUAUCACAUAACUUAAAGCUCAAAUUUCUGGUCCAAAACUCAAAAAUGACCCAGUUUACUUUCACAAUCGAGGAUUUGAAAAAUGAGUUGAACGCUUAAUCGAUUGUAAAAAAUAGUGUCUGGUUUAUUUUUCUGUCUAUUUUCGAACCCUAUCUACUAAUAUAGUUCGAAGCUUCAUUCAUAACGCUGACAUUCAAAUUAUUAUUAUUAUUAAUAACUUACAGAAACAUUGCACACACGGCGCUCAGUCUCUGUAGUUGCAUCAAUCCUCGGUCCGAAAGUAAACAUGUAUUGAAAAAGAGAAUUCACAACAUGAUUUUAUCCAACUAAAUAUUCUACUUCAAUCAAUAUUUGUUGGCGUUUAGCAAAAACGAUAUUUCCACUGCGGUCAAAAAACUGUUCACUCUCCUCUAGCAGCAAUCUAACAGCACCAUAAAUUACAUUUAUUA